UUACUCUCAUUUCUCUCAAUUUCUCAAUAACAUGAAACACAGGUUCUGCAAUUUCAAUUCCCUAUGAUCAGAGAAUGAUCACAUACCAGAGAAGAGGAUGGAUUUAUGUGAAUUUCUCGGGUUUGUGUUAGGGUUUGUUCUUUGCGUGAGUACAUGUACUUACGGAGAAUCAUCGAAAUGUUUGACGGUAUAUAAAGAAGGUGGUGCACCAGCCGUGUUUAAAUCUCCGAAAUGCCCUCGCUGGAAGCUGCCAGAAUAUGGUUCGGAACAAUGGUCGAAAUUACCGAAUGCUAGGUGCCAAACUGCCUUACAUCAAGGUCGCCGCAAGUCUCAAGAAGAUCGAAUUCUCUGUGCUCUCGAUAUUCACAUCCCUUUCCCCAGUAGUGAUGGUAUUACUGAGGUUACUGUUGGUGUUGUCGCAGUUUUUGAUGGUCAUAAUGGUGAUGAAGCAAGUGAAAUGGCAUCAAAGCUAUUGCUACAGUAUUUCACAUUGCAUACAUUUUUUCUUCUUGAUGCAACAUUUUCAGCUCUUUCAAGGAAAAUGAUUGGGCUCUUGCCAAAUGAAAGAGGACAGAGUACUCUUCGAGACCUGAACUGGGAGCUGGAUGAGUUGAACGUUGGGAGGCUCAAGCUGACUGUUUCAUCAAUCAUUGAUCGAUCUUUUCACUUGGAAAUAUUGAGGGAAGCAUUGCUAAGGGCAAUUGAUGAUAUUGACUCUGCAUUUUCAAGGGAUGCUUUUAGACACAAUUUUGGUUCUGGCUCUACCGCCACAGUUAUUCUUACGGCAGAAAAUCAAAUUUUAGUUGCCAAUAUUGGAGAUUCAAAGGCAUUUUUAUGCUCUGAAGAAUUUAAAUCUCAAGAAGAGUCUAAAGCUAAUUUAUUGAGGUUGUAUAGGCAAACAAGAGGCUUUGGAAUUUUCGAACCUGUGAAGAACUUCCGAAGCUUCAAGUUGGCAGCUCCUGACCAGUGGCCUUUUCUGAUUGCUAAGGAACUGACUAGAGACCACCAUCCAGAUAGGGAUGAUGAGAGGUCUCGAGUGGAGACGGCAGGAGGACAUGUUUCUAAGUGGGGCGGCGUAGCUAGGGUUAAUGGUCAAUUGGCUGUUUCUAGAGCAAUAGGUGAUGUUUAUUUUAAAAGUUAUGGUGUUAUAUCUGCUCCUGAAGUCACUGAUUGGCAACCUUUGACAGACAACGACUGCUAUUUGGUGGCAGCAUCUGAUGGCGUUUUUGAAAAGCUUAGCUCACAGGAUAUUUGUGACAUAUUAUGGAAUUUACACGCUGAUUUCGCUGUGCAAUCAGAACUCGCUUAUUCAUGUUCAUACUCCUUAGCUGACUGCAUAGUGAAUGCUGCUUUUGAAAAGGGUAGUAUGGAUAACAUGGCAGCUGUUAUCCUUCCAGUUAGAUUGAAUGAUUCAAUGCAGGCAGUAGCGAAGAAACCCCAUGCAGGAAUGAAAAAAUUCAAUUGCUUAUCUUCAGGAGAUAGUAAUUAUAUUUCUCAACAUUCAGUGUUUAGCGAGGAGGAGGAUGAUCAUCAACUUGAUUCCAAUUUUGGCAGAUUAUUGGUUGAAGGAAACCACGGCAACUUUGGAUGUUUCUAUCUAUCCGAGAACCUUGAUGUUAAUGAUGAGUAUACCUUCUGGGUUCAGAAGGACAUCGAUGAAUAUGAACAUGAGCUUCUCCAUGCUUUACCUGAUAGCAUUGGUCAAGGUGGAGCUUUGGAUCUAUAUAAUGAUCAGCACAUGUGCAUGCACUUUGGGAUGAACUUUAGUGAUAAUAAUGAUCAGUGCAUUAAUCCUGAAGGCUUUGCAAGGUUCCUUGGGUUGCUUGAAUCUAUUCCAUUCAAUGAUAGCAGUACAAAUGAUCAUGCCAGAGCAGAUUCUAGGUACAUUCUAAAGAAGAAAUAUGAUCGUGGAUCUUAUGGUGAAGUUUGGCUAGCUUUUUAUUGGAAUUGUUCUCAUGUCAUCAAGUCUCCAAAAGGAAGCAAUUUUUCAGCCAAUACUAUGAAUGAAGGGGCUAAUAAUGAAACAAGGAAGAACCCAUCAUCUGCUGAUGUCUGUGAUGAUGGCCCUUCCAAAGGCAGCAUGUUCAUUUUGAAGCGUAUCAUGGUGGAGAAAGGCACUGCUGUCUAUUUAAGUGGGCUACGGGAGAAAUAUUUUGGUGAACUCUUCUUGAAUGCUUAUACUGUUCUUGGAGGUUCACUACAAGUUGAAGAAUCAAAUUCCCUCUUGCUAAAUGCAAGACCUGAUCUGCAUGAUCCUGUGAGAAUACAUGAAUCAGCGGAUCUAGAAAGGCAAAGCACCUUGAGGUUCGACAAAGUGUAUGGUAAAAAGGAGGAUAUGCGGAGAACUGCCUUUGAGGAUGGUCUUAAUCACAUUGCCAGAUAUGUGGAGUCUUUCGAGUCUCGAUCCAAUGAGAUAUGGCUUGUGUUUCGCCAUGAAGGGAUAUCCUUAUCAAAGCUUCUCUAUACAGCUGAAGAAGUGAUAAAUGAUUCGGAUGGAGGAAAUGAAAAUAUAAAGCAUAUUCAGAUAUUACAUCCAUCAAAAUGGUGGAAACGGUUGAAGACAACAGAAGCAGGGCGAGAGGAAAUGCGUAAUCUGAUUUGGCAAUUGUUGAUGGCACUUAAGUCUUGUCAUGAUCGCAAUAUCACCCAUAGAGAUAUAAAACCUGAGAAUAUGGUCAUUUGCUUCGAGGAUCAAGAUUCUGGGAGGUGCUUGAAAGGGUAUCCGAAUGAAGAUGAGAAUUAUAUAACUAAAGUGCGUAUUAUUGACUUUGGUAGCGCAGUAGAUGAGUUCACAUUGAAGCACUUGUAUGGGUCUAUUGGGCCUUCAAGAGAUGAACAAACUUAUGAAUAUACUCCACCUGAAGCUCUUUUGAAUGCAAGUUGGUACCAAGGGCUGACUCCCACCACCAUGAAGUAUGAUAUGUGGAGUGUUGGUGUAGUGAUCUUAGAACUGGUUUUGGGUACGCCAGACGUGUUUCAGGUAAGUUCUAGGACACAGGCUCUUUUGGAUCAACACCUGGAGGGUUGGAAUGAAAGCUUGAAGAAGCUUGCAUACAAACUCAGAUCUUUCAUGGAAAUGUGUAUUCUGAGCCCUGGAGUUACCUCAAAACUUCAUCAAACUAAAUCAAAAUAUAACCAGGCCUCAGCUUCACCAGCUCCAUGGAAAUGCUCUGAAGAGUUCUUUUCUCAUCAAAUUAAAAACAGGGAUCCUCUGAAGAUAGGGUUCCCAAACAUAUGGGCACUGCGACUAGUACGUGAAUUAUUACAAUGGAAUCCUGAAGAUCGACCAAGUGUUGAUGAGGCUCUAAAACACCCAUACUUCUCGCAAAGGUGAUAAAAAAAAUACCAGGUGGGAUACCUGCUUCUGUAUGAACAGCUAAAAGACAACACAACUUGUAUACCUUUACCCGAGGUUCUGUGAUUCGGAUGCCUUGUGGCCCAUUCUCCACCUCUCUUUCUUGUACUGUCCUAAUGGGACACUGGGCUUUACAAGUGCAGCUUAUGGUUAUUUCAUUGAACUUAUUGCCUGGUGUGUAAGCUGGAGGAACAGAGAAACGGGCAGCAAAGAAUGAAGAGCUGGAAGUAGGAGUGUACAUGACCGGGUUGGUUCCGGUUUUUCAAAUAUCAAACCAAAUCAUUUGUGUAAAAAUUUUAAAUUUAUAAACCAAACCAAACUAAUAAAAUUGGGAUUUUUUUGGGUUUUUCAAUCUCGGGUUGGUUCGGUUUUUUCAAAUACCAAACCAAACCAUUGUGUCGAAUUUUUAAAUUUAUAAAUCAAA